AUGUCUACAUACAAACAAGAAAUGCCUCCUCCAGGUGGUUAUGCUCCGCUUGAUUUCGCAAGGAAAAUGCCAAAAAACUACAUUCACGGCUUUCUAGUAAUUGGUGGUCUCUAUACUUCAACAUAUUUCGGUUUCAAAAUUCAAAGAUAUCGUAAAGCAAAAAGGGAUGCAAUCACAAGAGAAGAUCAAGAAAAUCGAAUUGCGCUUACUCCUUUCAUUCUAGCUGAGCAGCAGCGAUUAUAUUUAAAGCAGAUCCGAAAAAACCGUGAAUACGAAGAGGUCCUAAUGAAAGGUGUCCCAGAUUGGAAAGUUGGACAUUGGUAUGACUACCCCGUUUUCCAUAAUCCUCGGGGUUUGUGGUGUGAUCCAUAUCAAAUUGAACUUUACGCACAUGCUUCCGGAUGGGAGCGAGAAAAACGAGUCAAUGUACGAGAUUCAUAUCCUUGA